AGCAAGUUGCCUCUGUCUUCUUCCCUUCUGUUCUUUGAACUCGUGACCUGUAUUUAUAACGCCUACCUCCUGUCUUCUCUCUUCAUUGCACUGCAUCCAAAAACACAGAUAUUUCAAAACAAGAAGAUCGCUUCAAACGCUUCAAAUCAUUUCCCAGGUGUGUCUACUGGGUGAUUGAAAGGUUAACUAGGUGCUGCUCUAUUCUUAACAAGUUCAGACUAGUAUCACACAAGAAUCAGGGAAUGCUGAAAGAUGUGCUUCAUAGUUAACAACUCCUUCUCCAAGGCUAAUGAGGUUGUACCUCAAUUUGAGUUAACCUUGAUCAUCCUUGAUGAGAUUGGAUGUUUAGUUCAGUACCCACAUCUAUGCCAUGCUCAAGUGACUGAGGUGGCUAGAAUUCUUAGCCAUUCUAUGAUUUCAAAGCAUAAUGUUUGUGAAGACGGUUGAGCUUUGAAUUUCUCGAGAAGUGUUUUCCUGCUUCUGGCCAGUUAUUCAAUUGCCUAUACUUAGCACUAUUGAUAUUAGUAUUGCUGGAAAUGGAACAGAAAGGAAGUGUGCUUAUGCAACGUUAUGAGCUAGGGAGAUUAUUAGGCCAAGGAACUUUUGCAAAGGUCUACCAUGCAAGGAACCUCAUAAAUGGCAUGAGUGUGGCCAUCAAAAUUAUUGAUAAAGAGAAGGUUUUCAGGGUAGGGAUGAUUGAUCAGAUUAAACGCGAAAUUUCAGUGAUGAGACUAAUCAAGCAUCCUCAUGUGGUGGAGCUUUAUGAGGUAAUGGCAAACAAAUCCAAAAUUUUCUUUGUCAUAGAGUAUGUCAAAGGGGGUGAGCUUUUUGGCAAGAUAUCCAAAGGAAGGCUCAAGCUGGAUGAUGCUAGGAGAUACUUUCAGCAAUUGAUCAGUGCUGUUGACUACUGCCAUAGCAGAGGUGUGUGUCACCGCGAUCUAAAACCGGAAAAUCUUCUAUUGGAUGAAAAUGGAAAUUUGAAGGUAUCAGAUUUCGGGUUAAGUGCUCUUGCUGAGUCUAAGCAUCAAGAUGGAUUACUCCAUACUACAUGCGGUACUCCUGCCUAUGUUGCUCCAGAAGUGAUAAACAGAAAGGGAUAUGAUGGAACCAAAGCUGAUAUAUGGUCAUGUGGGGUGAUCUUGUAUGUUUUAUUGGCUGGUUAUCUUCCAUUUAGAGAUUCAAACCUGAUGGAGAUGUACCGGAAGAUCGGUAAGGCGGAAUUCAAAUUUCCUAACUGGUUUGCGCCUGAUGUACGAAGAUUGUUGUCCAAAAUCUUGGAUCCAAACCCAAGGACCAGGAUAUCAUUGGCGAAAAUCAUGGAAAGUUCGUGGUUCAGAAAGGGGCUUCAGAAACCUGCUAUUACUGAAAGCGGAGACAGAGAAAUAGCUCCUCUUGAUACUGAUGGAUUAUUUGGAGCUUGUGAGAAUGGAGGUCCUGUUGAACUAUCAAAACCUUGUAAUUUAAAUGCUUUUGAUAUCAUCUCCUAUUCAACAGGUUUUGACUUGUCUGGAUUGUUUGAGGAGACUGGUCGAAAGAAAGAAGAGCGUUUCACAUCGAACAAGCCCGCCUCCAUUAUCAUCUCCAAAUUAGAAGAAAUUUGCAAGCGUCUCGGGCUAAAAGUGAAGAAGAAAGAUGGAGGUUUGUUCAAGUUGGAAGGUUGCAAGGAAGGUAGGAAAGGGCCUUUGGGUAUUGAUGCAGAGAUUUUUGAGAUCACACCAGUCUUCCAUCUAGUGGAGUUAAAGAAGUCUAGUGGAGAUACAUUGGAGUACCAGAAGCUUUUGAAACAAGACGUUAGGCCUGCGCUUAAGGACAUUGUUUGGAACUGGCAAGGAGAACAACCUCAACCACAGCCAUUGCAACCUGAAAUAGUGCAGAAAGAGGAACAGCCGUGUCAUUCGGACAUAUCAGACGUUGUACCACAACCAAUUCCUCAAUGAAUAUGGUGUCCUUAAAUUGGUUUUUCUAGGCUGUGUGCUUCUUCAUAUGUUCUUGGUCAUAUUGUUCAUUGUCAUUGUGACAGUUUUUCAUAGAAAAAGGUGGUUAAACAUGUAUGGAUACAUGAUUAGAUUGUGUAAUUAACUGCAUGUAUGACCAUUUGAGUCUUUUGAUUUCUCUGCAUUGGCUAUGUUAACAAGAUCAUUUGCAUUUUGCAGUUUAAAGUAGCAUUCCUAAAUUAGCACCCAUUUAUUACCCUCUGUGUGAACCUCUUGAAAUGAAACUGCUUCACCAUGUCUUUCUU